AUGGCUACAAAUGGAACACCAACUGUCGGCUGGUCACCUUCAAGUUGGAAGAGCAAACCAAUCGUUCAGGGAGUCACUUAUGACGAUCAAGCUUCAUUCAAAAAGGCACUCAGUAAACUGAACACCCUUCCACCGCUUGUCACACCCAGAGAAAUUGCCAAACUCAAGAACGAAUUGCGGGAAGUGGCUUUAGGGAAUGCAUUCCUACUACAGGGCGGUGACUGCGCAGAACUCUUCGACUACUGCAACCAAGACAUGAUUGAAGCUAAAGUUAAGUUGCUCUUGCAGAUGUCGCUAGUCUUGCUCUAUGGUGGGAAGAAGAAGGUGGUGCGUGUCGCUCGAAUGGCUGGUCAAUAUGCAAAGCCACGGUCCUCUCCCAUGGAAACAAUUGAUGGAGUCAGCAUGGCGAGUUUCAGGGGUGACAUCUUGAACAGCUAUGAGGCGGACCCAGUCGCACGAGUACCUGACCCUAACAGACUCGUCGAUGCCUAUUUCCACUCAGCUGCUACCCAAAAUUACCUACGCGCGGCUCUAUCGUCUGGACUGGCUGACUUACAUGCGCCUUUGGAUUGGAGUCUGGGCCACGUUCGUGACCCCAGCGUUCGAGACAACUACCAACGAAUCGUUGAGCGAAUCACAGACACAUUGGAUAUGAUGCGCACGAUAGGUCUCGAUACUGGUGGUGGUUUAGAGACCGUCGAUCUCUUCACCUCUCAUGAAGGCCUACUGCUCGAGUACGAACAGUCCCUCACUCGUCUCUUCAAGCAUCCAUCGAACGCUCUGCCUGUCGAUACUCCCCUUUCCAUACCAUCAAAUUCAUCCAAAGCCCGUAAAGCGUCUCUUCCUACCCAAUUUCCGCCACCCUUGCCACCGACCGAGGGAUACUACGAUACAUCUGCACAUUUCAUCUGGAUUGGUGAUCGUACACGGCAGUUGACGCAUGCACAUGUUGAUUUUUUCCGUGGUAUCGCCAACCCUAUUGGUGUGAAAGUUGGUCCCAGUAUGCCACCUUCAGAUCUUGUCCCCUUACUCAACAUUCUGAAUCCAACUCAUGAAAUUGGUAAAAUUGUUCUGAUUACCAGAUAUGGACAAGAGAAGAUUGCAAUGCAUCUACCAGGACAUAUCCGUGCUGUGCAGCAAUCGCCACACCGUGACACAGUGGUUUGGCAAUGUGACCCUAUGCACGGGAAUGGAAGAAACGCCACCGUCACUGUUCCGAAUUCAUCAGGUACAAGCACUACGACUAUCAAAACCCGUCGUUUUUCAGAUAUCCUAUCGGAGCUUCGCCAAGCUCUACAGAUUCACAGAUCAAUGUCCAGCUAUCUAGGUGGAGUACAUCUGGAACUUACUGGUGAAGCUGUUACGGAAUGUGUUGGAGGUGCAGAGCAACUGACCGAAGAGGACCUCAGUCUCAAUUACACAACAUUCUGCGAUCCAAGGUUGAAUGAGAAGCAAGCUCUCGAACUUGCAUUCUUGGUGGCUGGCUUUUACAGAGAAUCCGAGGUUUCGGACAGCAAAAGCGCAUGA